CACACACAAAACCGCAGCCAUGGGUUUCACCGAUCUCCUCUCCGAUGCUGGCCUCACCCUCCUGAACAACUGGGUUUCCACCCGCUCCUACAUCACUGGCUACAACGCCAGCCAGGCCGACGUCGCCGUCUUCAAGGCCCUCAAGGAGGCUCCCAACGCCGAGAAGUACCCCUCUGCCGCCCGCUGGUACAAGCACAUCGCCACGUACGAGGAUGAGUUCGCCACCCUCGAGGGCGACGCCAGCAAGCCCUACACCGUCUACGGCCCUGAGGAGUCCGAACUCACCGUGAACCCCGCCAAGGCCCCCGCGGCCGCUGCCGACGACGAUGAUGUCGACCUGUUCGGCUCUGACGACGAGGAGGAGGAUGCCGAGGCUGUCCGCAUCCGUGAGGAGCGUCUGGCUGCCUACCGCGAGAAGAAGGCUGCCAAGCCCAAGGUUGCCGCCAAGUCUGUCGUCACUAUGGACGUGAAGCCUUGGGACGACGAGACCGACCUGGUCGCCAUGGAGGCUGCCGUCCGUGGCAUUGAGAAGGAUGGUCUGCUGUGGGGUGCCUCCAAGCUGGUCCCCGUCGGCUUCGGUAUCAAGAAGCUGCAGAUCAACCUGGUUGUUGAGGACGAGAAGGUCUCCCUGGACGAGCUCCAGGAGCAGAUCCAGGAGUUCGAGGACUACGUCCAGUCCUCCGAUAUCGUUGCCAUGCAGAAGCUGUAAGCGAGUGGAGGUACAGGGUGUUAACGAACCGAGAAAAUGAAAUGCAUCAUGGGUCAUGAUUGGGGGGAAAGAAUCUAUCAGUGUCUUAGUUACAUGUAGUUUAUGCGCUGCCUGAGGAUGCCAAAGUGCCCUCUCGCAUAGUCACGGAUUCUUAAAAAGUAAAAAAUACAAGAAGCCAUA